CCUUUUCCGGUACGAUCGGCCUACAGACAGCCAUGCCUCUCGCAAAGGAUUUACUUCACCCCUCUAUUGAAGAAGAGAGACGUAUGUGCAAAUUGAAGCGUCUGGUACAAAGUCCAAACUCUUAUUUUAUGGAUGUUAAAUGUCCAGGCUGUUAUAAAAUAACAACCGUAUUCAGCCACGCUCAGACCGUAGUACUAUGCGUUGGAUGUUCAACCGUGCUGUGCCAGCCUACAGGUGGAAAAGCUAGGUUGACUGAGGGAUGCUCCUUCAGAAAGAAGCAACAUUAA